CGACGAGACGGCGAAAAGCUUCAAAAAAGUUUUGUUUUUUUUUUGUCAACUUGCGCGUUAAAUUGGCACUAAGCAUAUGCAACAUAAGCGUAAACAACUACAACUAGAAAGAGCAACAACAACAACAACCACGGAGAGCAUCGAAUUGUGGAAUUCCAUUUGAUCUCAGUUAUACAUCAAGCAUAAGGGUUACAAACUAACACCACUGUAGGUUUGUGUGUGUGGGAGGGUCUCUUGUAGCAUGCUAGCUGCAGUUAUGGCAUCAGAUAUCAAUUGGGAUCCAGCGCUGUCCAAAUUGAUAACAACGCUGAAGGAAUCGGACAACUUGUCCAAUGACCAGGAGAUUGAUUUUUUGAAGGCACUGCUGGAGUCCAAGGAGCUUAAUGCCCUGGUCAAUGUGCACACAAAGGUGGCGAAAGUGGGUCGCGAUGAUCGCUUAGCACCGGUAUUGUCCACCUCAGCCCAGGUGCUGUACGAGGUGUUGCAGCUGUCGCAGAGCUGUCAUCUAAAUGACGACUGCAAGGAGGCGUUUCAUCUGCUGCAGGAUUCGCAUUUACAGCAUCUGCUGUUCGCACACGAUGCCAUUGCACAAAAGGACUUUUAUCCCCAUCUGCCCGAGGCGCCAAUUGAAAUGGAUGAGGAUGAGGAGACCAUCAAGAUUGUGCAGCUCGUGAAGAGCAAUGAGCCACUGACAGGAGCACAAAGUGCGGAACCGAUUGUUGGCGCGACCAUAAAAACGGACGAGGAGACGGGCAAGAUAAUCAUAGCAAGAAUAAUGCACGGCGGCGCUGCAGAUCGCUCCGGCUUAAUACACGUCGGCGACGAGGUCAUCGAGGUCAACAGCAUCAAUGUGGAGGGCAAGACGCCUGGCGAUGUGCUCACCAUACUGCAAAAUUCCGAAGGCACAAUUACCUUUAAACUGGUGCCCGCCGACACCAAAGGCGCCCAGCGUGAGUCCAAGGUGCGAGUGCGUGCCCACUUUGACUACAAUCCCGACGUGGAUCCGUAUAUACCCUGCAAGGAGGCGGGCCUGGCCUUUCAGCGCGGCGAUGUGCUGCACAUUGUGGCCCAGGACGAUGCCUAUUGGUGGCAGGCGCGCAAGGAUCACGAGCGCUCAGCACGUGCUGGCCUCAUACCCAGCCGGGCACUGCAGGAGCGUCGCAUUCUGCACGAGCCUCAACGCGAGAGCAACGACAUGGACUCUAAGCCGGGUUCAUGCGCCUCACUUUGCACCACACCGCCGGGGUCGCCGCGGCUGCAGACGAGCAGCAGCAGCUCCUCGUGUCGUCAGCCAAAGACUAAAAAGAUCAUGUACGAUUUGACAGAGAACGAUGACUUUGAUCGCGAACUGAUUGCUACGUAUGAGGAGGUCGCCAAACUCUAUCCACGUCCCGGCAUCUUUCGGCCAGUUGUGCUCAUUGGUGCUCCAGGUGUUGGACGCAAUGAGUUGAGGCGUCGUCUGAUCGCACGUGAUCCGGAGAAGUUUCGCAGUCCGGUGCCAUAUACUACACGACCGAUGCGCACUGGUGAGGUGCCCGGUCGGGAGUACAUUUUUGUGGCACGGGAGAAGAUGGACGCGGACAUUGAAGCUGGCAAAUUUGUGGAGCAUGGCGAGUACAAGGGACAUCUGUAUGGCACCUCAGCGGAGAGCGUUAAAUCGAUUGUGAAUGCCGGUUGCGUUUGUGUGCUGAGUCCACACUAUCAGGCGAUUAAGACGUUGCGCACAGCGCAGCUGAAACCAUUCCUCAUACACAUUAAACCACCAGAGUUGGACAUACUCAAGUCCACGCGAACUGAGGCGCGUGCCAAGUCCACGUUCGAUGAGGCAAAUGCGCGCAGUUUUACGGAUGAGGAGUUCGAGGAUAUGAUAAAGUCGUCGGAACGCAUUGACUUCACCUAUGGCCACUUUUUCGAUGUGGAGAUCGUCAAUGGAGAGCUGCUGGCAUCGUUCGAGCAGCUCGUCCAGCAUGUGCAACGACUGGAGAACGAACCGAUCUGGGCGCCCUCCAUCUGGGUGCAGUAAAUAACGCUCCUACCCCGCAGUCCCGCCCCUUCAAUAGGGGGGCGUCGCAAUUUGUUAGAACAGAAAAAACACCAAAGUAUUUGCCAUACGAAUUUAGCCAUAUAAUUCUUUUGUUGCUGUUGUUAUUAAACCCGUUAAAGCGAGAGACAACAUCAAAAGUGCUAAGCUAAAUGUACAGUUAAUUGCCAAUUUUGCACGGCAUUUAGUUAGAAAGAGACAGACACACACACACUCUGCGAGUUCGAGUUCGAGGUAUCUGCACAAUUUACCCUUUGACGGUCCUUGCCGGAUGCUCCUGUCCAGCGUUAGUCCUUUUCACAACAUGUACCUUUUUGCGUAAAAGUGAAAACUAUGAAAAGAAUACAAUAAAAGAAACCAAAUAUUAUAUUAUGUAAACUAAUUCAAGAAACAACAAAACCAAAAAAAAAAAAAACAUAUAACCAACCAAUUGAAGCGAAAUUACUUAUUAAAUGAACAAAUCUGUUGUAUAACAAUUAUUUUAUUCAAACAAUGAUUGUCCAAACAAAAUUCAUGUAUAUUAAAUAUAUAAAAUGUUUAAAUUUUA